AUGGACAGACAGAAGGUGGAGGCAGGACACGAGGACGCACGGAGGGUGGACUGGGCCGGCCUGGCCGGGCUGCUGGGGCGCAGGCAGGCAUCGGGCUGCCCUGACGGCUGUGGGCAGGACUUCCUGUCGGACAUGGCCAUGACGGAGGUGGAUCGCUUCAUGGACCGGGAGCACCUGAUCUUCCGGGAAAACACCCUCGCCACGAAAGCCAUAGAGGAGUACCUGAAACUCAUCGGCCAGAAAUACCUCAAGGACGCCAUUGGCGAGUUCAUCCGGGCGCUGUACGAGUCGGAGGAGAACUGCGAGGUCGACCCCAUGAAGUGCUCGGCCUCCACCUUGGCUGACCACCAGGCCAACCUCCGCAUGUGCUGCGAGCUCGCCCUCUGCAAGGUGGUCAACUCGCACUGCGUGUUCCCACGGGAGCUGAAGGAGGUCUUCGCCUCGUGGCGGCUGCGUUGUGCCGAGCGGGGCCGCGAGGACAUCGCCGACCGGUUGAUCAGCGCCUCGCUCUUCCUGCGGUUCCUCUGCCCCGCCGUGAUGUCCCCCAGCCUCUUCGGCCUCAUGCAGGAGUACCCCGACGAGCAGACUGCCCGCACCCUCACCCUCAUCGCCAAGGUCAUCCAGAACCUGGCCAACUUCACCAAGUUCGGCAGCAAGGAGGAGUACAUGGCCUUCAUGAACGAGUUCCUGGAGCUGGAGUGGACCAGCAUGCAGCAGUUCCUCUAUGAGAUCUCCAACCUGGACACCCUCACCAACAGCACCAGCUUCGAGGGCUACAUCGACCUGGGCCGCGAGCUCUCCACCCUGCACGCCCUCCUCUGGGAGGUCAUGUCCCAGCUCAGCAAGGUACCCUGCUCACCCGGGACCCCCGUGGUGGGGGGUCGCCUGGACACCCGGGUCCUCUCCUGGGUGGUGAUCAGAG